UUCUUGAAGAGGCCCCCUUUUAAUGAAAAGAAACCAAGCGCGGCCUUAUCUUCUUUUGUUGUCAGUUGACACUCUACAAGAGAACUUUUAUCCUGAACCACCAACGAACUCUGUAGAGAGUACAGUACAUACAUGUUCAAAAGAACACUCAAAUUCACAUAAACGUAUACAGAGGCAACACACAAAGCAGUUCUUGCUCCAAAGAAAUCUCCCAUACACAGUGAAAUCAAAGAAAUAUGCUUCUCCAAACCACCAUCUCAUCAUCUCCACCUCUACAACACCUCCACCAGCAUCCUCACUCUCUCCUACCAUUUGGGUCUCUCAAGUUUAGGCCCCACAAGCUCUCUCUUCAGGCCCUUUUUCAGCACUAUAGUCCACCAGAUUUGACAAAUUUUAGGGCAGGCCAUGGACUGAAUGCCACUCAGUUUACUAAUUUCCAGGCAGAUACAUGGAAAGGAGUCACUAAUGGUAUCCUCUAGCUCACCGAGUACUGAGAAACCCUCGAGGAAUCCUCAGAACAUUGAGGACAAUGCUUGCAUGAAAAGAGUGAUAGUUUCUGUGUCUGCACUCUCAUUUGGACAAAUCUCAUUGUUAACUUCUGUACAAGUGGCACAUGCAGGAGAAAGUAUCAAACCAGAUGCACUUUAUGAGGUUGGGGAGUUAUUUGAAUUGGGAAUCCAGCUCUCUUAUCUUCUUUUACUUUUAGCUUUGCUAGGGGUUGGAACUUUCUUUGUGAUUCGUCAAGUUCUAAUGCGUAGAGAGCUCGACCUUUCUGCUAAAGAAUUGCAGGAGCAAGUAAGAAGCGGUGAUGCCUCUGCAACUGGACUUUUUGAACUCGGUGCAGUAAUGCUGAGGAGAAAAUUUUACCCGGCUGCUACUAAAUAUUUACUUCAGGCAAUUGAGAAGUGGGAUGGUGAGGAUCAAGAUCUUGCCCAGGUUUACAAUGCGCUUGGUGUUAGCUAUAUUCUUGAUGGGAAGCUUGACAAGGGAAUCAAGCAAUUUGAAGCUGCUGUGAAGCUUCAACCAGGGUAUGUAACAGCCUGGAACAAUCUUGGUGAUGCCUAUGAAAAGAAGAAAGACUUGAAGUCAGCUCUCAAGGCAUUCGAAGAAGUGCUGCUCUUUGAUCCUAACAAUAAGGUGGCAAGGCCAAGAAGAGAUGCUUUGAAGGAUAAGGUACAAAUGUACAAAGGAGUUCCAAUCAAGUCUAAGGAUAGAUGAAUUUACGGCCAUAAGAUCAUCAAAAUUUUCUCUCUAACUUUUGUAAUCUUAACCAAUCCAUAACUUUUGCUCCUCUAAUAUUCUCUUUGUUUUUAUUUUUGAACUUUUGCCUAAA